AUGGACACAGCACAAUUAACACUGUGUGGAAAAUAUCCACUCGAUUAUUCUACAGCAAGGCGGGUCAUCUCCAUACUCAAUGUAUUUAUUAUUGCUCUUGCCAUUUACCGCGCCUACAGCAUUCGUAUGAUUUCCAUUCGUGUGUACGGCAAGGUCAUCCACGAAUUUGAUCCGUGGUUCAACUUCCGAGCGUCGGAGUACCUCGACGAGCACGGGUGGGAUGCCUUUUUCCACUGGUACGACUACAUGAGUUGGUAUCCGCUUGGUCGGCCCGUGGGCACAACCAUCUUUCCUGGACUACAGAUCACAAGCGUCCUUAUUCGCAGGGCCCUUUCCAUGCUGGGAAUGAGCAUGACGAUGAACGAUGUGUGUUGCUUGAUUCCGGCAUGGUUUGGCUCAGUGGCGACUGUAUUGGCUGCGCUUCUGGCGUACGAGACGUGGGGCUCGUUUUCAGGGGCUGCCAUGACGGCGGGUCUUUUUGCCAUCCUACCCGCCCACCUAAUGCGCUCCAUGGCUGGCGAAUACGACAAUGAGUGUAUAGCAAUGGCGGCGAUGCUGCUCACAUUCUACCUGUGGGUGCGCUCGUUGCGCAAUGCAGGCUCAUGGCCCAUUGGUGUGCUUACGGGGCUGGCGUACGGCUACAUGGUGUCGACCUGGGGAGGCUUCAUCUUUGUCCUGAACAUGGUGGCGCUGCACGCCGCGGUGUGCGUUUUUGCUGACUGGAUGCGCGGCAGGUACGAUGCCAGUCUGCUGUGGGCGUACUCCCUGUUCUUUUUGGUGGGCACGGCGAUUGCGACGUGUGUGCCGCCCGUGGGGUGGACCCCAUUCAAGUCCUUGGAGCAGUUGAUGGCGUUGCUGGUGUUCAUUUUCAUGUGGGCAUUGCACUUCUCCGAGAUAUUGCGGCGCCGCGCUGAUGUCCCGAUUCGCUCCACCAAGGCACUGCGGAUCCGUGCACGGGUAUUUAUGAUCACCUGCGGAGUGCUUGUGCUGGCUGCAGCGCUGCUGGCACCACAGGGAUACUUCGGGCCCCUCUCCUCCCGCGUCCGUGCUUUGUUUGUGCAGCACACCCGCACCGGCAACCCUCUCGUAGAUUCCGUCGCGGAGCACCGUCCAUCUAGUGGGGGCGCUUUGUGGAGGCUUCUUCAUCUGUGUUGUCCGCUGUGGUUGAUCGGAAUGAUUUCGCAAAUACUGUCGGGAGAAAACGAAAAUUUAAGGGCAACUACUUUUAUGAUUUGGUACUCCAUUAUGGUAUUUUAUUUCGGCUGCCGCAUGUCACGCUUGAUUUUGCUAACUGGACCAGUUGCAGCAUCAUACUCCGGAAGAGUAAUUGGAGGCCUUAUGGACUGGGCGGUCAGGCUUCUUUUUUGGACGAAUGUAGAGUCGAUGAAAAGCAAAGGUUCCCCAACGAUUCGAAGCAAAAAACUUGAAAAAAAGGGGCAUCUAUCUAAUAACAAUGAGCGUUCUUUACAAAACCGUUUUCAAGACGCUGCCAAUUUGUGGCCCCACGGAAUACGUGUCACAAUCGCAAUGCUUGUGUUUGCAGCACUUCUUUUCAAUCCGAUGGCCCGAUCGUAUAACGAAGAUUCAAUAAAGAUGGCACACACACUAUCUAAUCCACGGAUUAUGUGGUAUUCGAUGACCGAGCAGAACACCCCUGUACUUGUAGACGACUAUUACGUCUCGUACCUGUGGCUGCGCAACAACACACCGGCGGACGCCCGCAUUCUUGCAUGGUGGGACUACGGCUACCAGAUCACGGGGAUCGGGAAUCGCACGAGCCUUGCGGACGGCAACACGUGGAAUCACGAGCACAUUGCCACAAUUGGAAAGCUGCUUACGUCGCCCGUGGCGAAGGCCCACUUGCUCAUUCGGCACCUUGCCGACUAUGUACUGAUAUGGACCGGCAGCCGGGCGGAGGACUUGAUGAAGUCGCCGCACAUGGCACGCAUUGGCAACAGUGUGUACCGCGACAUCUGCCCCGAGGACGACCCGUUGUGCUCCAACUUUGGGUUUGAGGACUACGACCUAAGUCGUCCCACGCCGAUGAUGCGGAUGUCGUUGCUGUACAACCUGCAUGUCUCUGGGGAGAGCCCCAGUCCGGCGAUCGACAAUAUGUUCAGGCUUGCCUACAGGUCGCGCCACGGCCUGGUGAAGAUCUACAAGGUGAUGAAUGUGAGCGCGGAGAGCAAGGCGUGGGUGGCGGACCCGAAGAACCGCAAGUGCGACGCGCCAGGGUCGUGGCUGUGCACUGGGCAGUACCCGCCAGCGAAGGAGAUCCAGGAGAUGCUGGCGAGGCGCAUCGACUACGGCCAGCUGGAGGACUUCAACCGCGGCAAACGAGAUGACGCGUACUACCGUGCGUACAUGCGUCGCAUCCGCAAUGAAGGGCGUGGCUAG